AUGCUGGAGGGGAGCGGCGGGUCCCGAGCAGCGCUGUCAGGGGAGAGACGGGAGGUCAAGGCCGGCACGGAGACCCGGCUCCGGGUGCGUGUGUGCCGCAGGGCCCCGCGCCGCAGGCGGCCUCCCUCAGUGCACCCGGGUCCCCCCACCCAGGAACGGCCCGCCCCGGGGCGCUGCGCCCGGUGGGUCACAGCCGGGCCCACAGCCAGGGCCUCGCUCCCAGGGCCGCCCCCAGCUCCCGGGAUACCGGCUUACACCGGCUCCGAGAAGGCGCGGCCGCGGGCCCCGCGGGGCAACCCCCGGCCAGGGGCAGCUCGUCUGCUGCCCAGCACCGAGGGCAGCUCCCGGGGCCGGCCCCAGCCUCCGCCGGGGCUGGGAGCACCCCUCGGCCAAAGCGGAACCAGCGGUUCCCGGGCCGGGCAGCGCGGUUCCCCCCCGGUCCGCUCCGUCCCCUCAGAGCGAGAGGCGGGGCUCGGUGCUUCCGCGCUCCCCUCACGGCGCGGCGCCGCCGGCCGGGGGCAGGCCGAGGGCGGGCACCGGGCUCGCAGCGGCAGCAGGGGGGGAGCCCCGCGGCUCCGCCCCGCGCCCCGGGCACCCCCGGACCCUGCCGGUGCCCCCGCGGCCGCCUCACGCCGCCCCCCCCCCGGCCCUACCUGCGAGGCGGCCCCGCGCUGCCAGGCGCCGUCAUGCCCCGCGCGCCCGGCCUCCUCGCGGCACCCCGGCGCCCUCCCAUUGGCGGUCCGCCGCCAAGCCCCGCCCCCUCCGCUCACCCGCAUUGGGGGCUGCCACCCGCGCCGUGCUCAGCCCUGCCCCCUCGACCACGCAGCCUCGCCCCGCCCACUGGCGGGAGGGGGCGGGGCUUAG